CCGACGCCUACUGUUUCGAAAUGCUAUCAAUGGUGUUGGCUCUGAGCGGGUCGUCAGUCGGCCGACAAUAUCUGGCCCUUCAGAACGACCUUCUGCUCGACCUCUUGAAUCUAUUGCACACCGGAUCAGCUCGAGUGCAGCGACAAGUGAUAGCGUUGUUGCGUCGGGUUUUGCCCGAAAUAAAACCCAUUGUUUUUGGCAAAAUGUUUGGCAUCGCUUCACUGCCGCCGCGAGACGUGAUUGUGUCCAACGAUAAGGACGAGUUCGACGUCCAGUCGAUCGGCAUUUUGGACGUAUUCCUGGCGUGUAUUGCGAAAUCGUUGACCGUUCAGACGAAAGUGAAGGGCAGUGUCGGCGCCGGCAAUAAGAGUGUGACCACAAUAACGUUGGCCACAGCCAUACACCCGAGGGAUCCGUUGGGCGAUCGGUGGUGGCUUCGGGGCUGUCUAUCACGGAAACUGUCCGAAUGUAUAAUCGCUUUACUGAAGGACAUGAGUGCCGGCAAACUGAGCGACUCGUGGGCUGUGGUGACGAAGAACGCCAUCGCACAGAAUGUACUCAAUCUGACACUCAUUGCCGAACGCAUGAGAGGACCCGUCGAGUGCAUCAAAACGCCGACCCUAUGGUUGGCUUUGGCCUCACUUUGUGUGAUAGAAGAAGAACACGCGGAACGCCUGUCCUCUAGUCAUUGGGUUACUGCCGGCGAUCAGGAGAAUGGGAACCAACAGUCGAGACCGCUGUGCGAUAACCACGAGGACGGAGAGACGCCGGCAAUCAUACUGUGCAACAGUUGCGGCAAUUUGUGCGCCGAAUGCGACCGUUAUCUGCACUUACACUCAAAGACUCGUAGCCAUCAAAGACAGAUAUUCAAAGAGGAAGAGGAGGCGAUUCGUGUGGAUCUGCACGAGGGUUGCGGUCGAAUCAAACUGUUUUGGGCGAUGGCUUUGGCCGACUCGAAGACGUUGAAGGCGAUGGUCGAGUUCAAGGGCGAGUCCACCCGUUCCAAGAGCUCCAUAAUAAGUGGCGAGAAAUCGGUGACCACAGCCAUCACAGGCGUGUGUCGAUUCUGCGGCACCACCGGCAACACCGGCCUUCUGGCCAUCGGCAACGUGUGCAGCGAAUCCGAGUGCCAGGAGUACGCGAAGAGCGCCUGCAAUAAGACGCUGGCGUGCGGUCACCAGUGCGGUGGCGUCGCCAACGAACGCAAGUGUCUGCCGUGUCUUCAGGGCUGCGCCGGCGGCGGACAACUCAAACAGGACGGCGACGACAUGUGUAUGAUCUGCUUCUGCGAGGCGUUGUCCUGCGCGCCGGCCCUACAACUCAACUGCGGGCACGUGUUUCACGAUCACUGCACGCGAGCCGUACUGCGGACCCGAUGGGCCGGACCGCGGAUCACAUUCGCCUUCUCUAUGUGCCCGAUAUGCAAGAGCCGUAUCGAGCACUCGGCGCUGGAGGACCUGUUGGCGCCCAUACGCGGCCUCUACGACGACGUGUACCGCAAGGCGUUGAUGCGACUCGAGUACGAAGGCCUCCAUCGAUGCGAAGCCAUCACAGGAGUCGGCGGCCGCUUCUACAACGACGCGGCCAACUAUGCGAUGGAACGGUACGCGUAUUACGUGUGCUGUAAGUGCCAGAAGGCCUACUACGGCGGCGAAGCCCGCUGUGACGCCGAGUUGGCCGCCGGCGACAAUUACGACCCGUCGGAGUUGGUGUGCGGCGGCUGUUCCGAUGUGGCCAGAGCUCAGAUGUGUCCCAAACACGGCACCGAUUUCCUGGAGUACAAGUGCCGCUACUGUUGCUCUGUGGCCGUGUUCUUCUGCUUCGGCAGCACUCACUUCUGCAACGCCUGUCACGACGACUUCCAGAAGUUGACUAAUCUGCGCGAGUUUCCCAAAUGCCCGGCCGGUCCGCGCGGCAAACAACUCGACGGCGACGAGUGUCCGCUCCAUGUCGUGCAUCCGCCCACCGGCGAAGAGUUCGCUCUCGGCUGCGGUGUCUGUCGUAAUGCUCACACUUUUUAAUACUACACACAAACACCAGUCUCUUAGACACCACUUAUACCCCAUGUGUCCGCGCGUUUGUCAUACAAAUUGUAUUUUUCAUUGUUUUAUACAAUAAUUUAUUGAAUAAUAAUUUCAUUAUUCGUGUGAUUCUCGAAGUAAUAACUCAUUUGAAUGAAUGCUUGUUUUGCUUUCCCUCUCUUCGGCUCUCUAUUCACUUAUGAUUUUGUUUGAAUUGUUUUGUCGGCCAAUCAAUUGUUAUUAUAAAUAUGUGAACC